AUGUGCCGACACGCGACGCUCAGAGCAAAGGUUCAUCUUCACAACCAACAAAGCCGUUUCUCCUCAUUGGUGAAAGACGGAUUGGUCCUUGGCAACGCCACAUUUCGUUUCCCUUCGAUGUGA